ACGCGACAGGGGAACCUGUAGGGAUACCGGGGCACUCCCUGUGGCGCUGUUCUCUGCAUUCUGAAAGGAAAGGUGGCGUGCGCAAUGCGCACCCGACCUGUCCAGACUUCAAGUCUAUCCUCCUUGACGCCUCCACCGCUACUGUUCUGUCUCUCACUCCAGACCUAGAGAGAGAAAUAGGAGACCUAGAGAGAGAACGUACUGAAAAAGAGGCAGCCGAAGGGGCUGACUAGAGAGAGAAACAAGAACUUCAUUAUAUUAUUGUUAUUAUUUUUAUAUUAUUUUUUGCAGGUUGGUGUCGGCUCCAGCCGGGCAACACGCAGAUCGAUUGAUCUACGAUCCAUCGUUCUUCUCUCGCGCUGUUCCUGUUUCUUUCCCGUCCUCGCUCUCUGAAACCCUAAUAGUUUGCGAUCCGUUUUGGAGCUGAAGAAGCUUUAGCGGUAGGGAAAUGGCGGGUUGGAGGAUAUCUGCUUGCGAAUUUCAGCUGGUUCGUUGACUUUCUUCGGAUCGGGUUAGUCAAAGUGGACUUAGAAGGAAAAUUUGCUGAUUUUAAGCUAAAGAAGGUUGGCAUCAUUCCUUCCUCGUGAAAGGGUCGUGCUAUUGUUUUUUGGUUGGUUUGUUCUUGUCGCACUUCGCAGUUACAGGUUGAACUGCCAUCUUUGUUUUUUGGCUUCAAGGUAUAAACCGAGCACUUGACAGGAGACGUAUAAUUGAGUCUUUAAAUCGCCGCAGUGAAAGUUAUUGCAUUUACACGAAGUGAUUUGGGUUUAAUUACUCAAGCUGGUUUAGUCGGUGAGAAGAAUAAGGCAUCUUACUUUGUAUAAGGGAUAAGAGCUCUUUGGACUUUGGUGCUCCUCCCAUGGCAUUUUCUUGCGCAAACCAUUCAUCUGGAGGACCUCAUGCAGGGGCCUCAAUUGAUGCUCUGUACAAAGAACUAUGGCAUGCCUGUGCUGGACCCCUGGUCACUGUUCCUCGUGAAGGGGAGAGGGUUUAUUACUUCCCACAAGGCCAUAUGGAACAGCUUGAAGCAUCAACACACCAGGGGUUAGAGCAGCAGAUGCCAUCAUUCAAUCUACCAUCUAAAAUUCUUUGCAAAGUUGUUCAUGUUCAGCUGCGGGCUGAACCGGAAACUGAUGAGGUGUAUGCACAAUUAACCUUGCUACCUGAACCAGAUCAAGGUGAGGUCACUAGUCCAGAUCCUCCACUGCCCGAACCCCAAAGAUGCACAGUCCAUUCAUUUUGCAAGACACUUACAGCAUCUGACACUAGCACUCAUGGUGGAUUCUCUGUUCUGCGGAGGCAUGCUGAUGAUUGCUUGCCACCACUGGACAUGUCGCAGCAGCCACCCUGGCAGGAAUUGAUUGCAACAGAUCUGCAUGGCAAUGAAUGGCAUUUUCGCCACAUCUUUCGAGGGCAACCUAGGCGUCAUUUGCUUACGACUGGCUGGAGCGUCUUCGUUAGUGCCAAAAAAUUAGUAGCUGGAGAUGCAUUUAUAUUCCUAAGAGGCGAAAAUGGAGAGCUACGAGUUGGAGUAAGGAGGCUUAUGAGACAGCUUAGCAAUAUGCCUUCGUCUGUGAUAUCCAGUCACAGCAUGCAUCUGGGGGUUCUUGCUACAGCUUCGCAUGCUAUAGCCACUGGAACUCUCUUCUCUGUCUUUUAUAAACCAAGAACUAGUCGGUCUGAGUUCAUUGUGAGUCUUAACAAGUAUCUUGAAGCCCGGAAGCACAAGCUUUCUGUCGGGAUGAGGUUUAAGAUGAGAUUUGAGGGUGAGGAAGUUCCUGAAAGAAGGUUUAGUGGCACAAUUGUUGGUGUUGGAGAUAAUACAUCAUCAGGUUGGGUUGAUUCUGAGUGGAGAUCAUUAAAGGUUCAAUGGGAUGAACCAUCAUCAAUCUUGCGCCCAGAAAGAGUUUCUCCAUGGGAACUGGAGCCGCUUGUGGCGACUACUACUACUACAAACUCCCAACCUAUUCAAAGGAACAAGCGGGCUCGACCACCAGUUCUACCUUCAUCAACACCAGAUCUUUCUGUACUUGGCAUGUGGAAACCCCCAGUGGAAUCUCCCUCAGCCUUCUCAUACUGUGAUUCACAGCGUGGGCAAGACAUGUAUCCAUCACCAAAAUUCUCUUCUGUUACUAAAGUUCAGUCUCCUAGCUUCAGUGGGAAUAGUUCUCUCGCUGCCAUUUCCAGCAAGUCAAUGUUUUGGUCUAAUCAAGUGGAAACUGUGAUGGAGUCUUUUUCACCAGUUAACAAAGAAUCUGGUGAGAAGAGACUGGGCACUGGUAAUGGCUGCAGGCUGUUUGGGAUUCAGCUACUCGACAAUUCCACUGUAGAAGAAACUUCACCAGUUGCUACUGUCUCUGGAACUGUGGGGGAGGAUCAGCCAGUUCUUUCUUUAGAUGCUGACUCUGAUCGACAUUCGGAACCAUCAUAUAUUCCUUCAGUAAGUUGUGAACCUGAGAAGUCAUGUCUGAGGUCUCCCCAGGAAUCACAAAGCAGGCAGAUUCGCAGCUGCACAAAGGUUCACAUGCAAGGGAUUGCGGUUGGGAGGGCUGUUGAUUUGACACGGUUUGACGGAUAUGAGGACCUUCUCAAAAAAUUAGAGGAGAUGUUUGAUAUUGAAGGAGAGCUGUGUGGAUCCACAAAGAAAUGGCAGGUUAUCUAUACUGAUGACGAAAAUGACAAGAUGAUGGUUGGGGAUGACCCAUGGCACGAGUUCUGUAACAUGGUGAGGAAGAUAUAUAUCUACACCCUGGAGGAGGUCAAGAGGCUGUCACCGAAGAUAAAGCUUCCUGUUGAUGACGAGGUUAAACCAGGCAAGCCGGAUUCUGAAGUGGCAAUUGGCACUGAGGACCAGUCAUCUAUGGUGGGGCCCAGUUGCUGAUGUGUCCAUGCCUCUUAAUGUUUUCUCUCUGUGCGAAUGGGAAAAAGUAAGAAAAAUGGGAAGGGAAGGAAGAACAUUAAGAAAAAAAAAAUGAACGUACUGAAUGUACUCGUGAUCGUGUUCUUUUCAGGAAAAAAAUGAGUGAUGCUGUGUGCGGCUUCGCCCUUGCUUGCAUGGCCAGAUCAGUUUCUUUGCAACCAGAUCAGGUUCACCACAUGUUUAGUGAGGACAAUGAAGUGAGGUGGCGGCCAUCUAAUCUGCAUCCUCUGGAGGGUUGCCUGACAAGAUGAGGAUUUCUGGUUCGUUUGUCAUUAUUUCAUUGUUUUGUUUGCAAGGGGUAUAUGAUAGUUAUACCCUUUUUCAAAUUAAGGAUGGGCAAAACAUUUAGAAAAAAAAAAAAAAAGGUACAUACCUACCUACUAAUUUGCUCUCUCUCUCAAUCUCUCUCAUUUCAUUAUAAUAUAUAUGACACGAUAUUGUCUUUUGUAUAUAAUAUAUCUGGUUUUAUUU